AGAAGAAUGCAGAGGGAAGAAGGAAGGAAGACGCCGCUGCUCCGGCUGAGGAUGAGGAGGCUUCAUCUGUAUAAAAAGUUCUGAUCUGGAAGUGGUGGCAGUCUAAUGUGGGUGCCCUCUGUCUUCAGUACAUUCCACUGGAAGCCUAAAGGUCACUUUGACAGCGGAGAGCACAAUCCAUCUGACUGGCUUCCUCCCAUCUCGGGCUGGGUCAAACCCCCCAUGACCAGCCCCCCCGGAGCAGGAUUUAGGCUCACAUUCAUCGCUGUCGGUGGGUUGGGGAACGCGUCAACUCGCCGGACGAUGAAUGCCAGCUGUAUCGAUGCAAAGCUGCUUUUUCCGAGCUGCGGCCGGCCGAAGAAACAGUGGGAAUCUGCCCAGUUGCUUUGUUUUCAAUGUUUUCAUGGAAUAAUGUGAGAUGCUUUGUCAGCAGAGGUUGAAACAAAUAAAGAUUUUG